UAACAUCGGAGAGGGUGAGUCUGCGCCCCUCCACCUACACCUGUCCCCUCGCCGCGCAGCCGGGGCCAAGGAGGGGUGCUCGGAGCCCCCCCCCCCGCCCCCGCCACACCGACUGGGGCUGGUUGACCGAGCCCGGACCUGGCUGCCUGGGUCCCCUGGGAGGGCGGGUCUAAUAAGCAUGCUGAAGAGGCUGAGAAGGACUGUGCUCGGUGGUCCAGGUGGGGAAACAGACCAAGGAGAGGGAACAGCCCUGAGUUGUUUGUUUGUUUGUUUGUUUUUUCCUGACCUUGGAUAACCACCACCACCACCCUCUGCAAGACCACUAUGGGUCCUGCGCUCUCUCUGACCUGGACUGUUCCUAAGGCAUCACAGCCCUUCCUGUGUGUCUUCCUCUGCCAAGAGAAGCAGAGAGAGUGAAAGCUUCCUUCAGUGCUGUGGUGGUCGGGCUCUGCCCUGGGUCAGGCACAUGGCAAAGCAGGCACUAUGUAAGUGAGAUACUUGGCUGGCUUGAGGCUGGUUGAGGUGUUCCAGGACCUGGAAGAUACAGGCCUAGAGCCUGACAGCUUGAGAGACAAGAGGACUAACUGGCCCCAGGUGCCAGAAUCACACUUCACCCAACCAUGCGCUGCCACCUACUGGCCAUAGGCCUGGGGCUCUGCUUGGUAGUGGGGACAGCCAUCUGGGCUCUGUGGGUGAGUGUUGAGAACUGGCUGCCAUUCUCCUAUGUCCCCUUUUACCUGCCCUGCCCAAAGAUCUUCAACAUGAAGCUACAGUACAAAGGGGAGAAGCCGUUCCAGCCUGGAGCACAGUCACAGUACCCUCAACCCAAGCUGCUGGAGCACAGGCCCACAGAGCUAUUGACACUCACACCAUGGCUGGCACCCAUCGUCUCUGAAGGAACCUUCAACCCAGAGCUUCUGCAGAGCAUGUACCAGCCCCUAAAUCUGACCAUCGGACUCACUGUGUUUGCUGUGGGAAAGUAUACCUACUUCGUGCAGAACUUCCUGAAGUCGGCCGAGCGCUUCUUCAUGCUUGGUUACCAGGUGCACUACUACAUCUUCACCGACAAACCCUCAGCCAUCCCCCAGGUUCCGCUGGGCCCUGGCCGCCUCCUCAGCAUCACCCCCAUCCUGAAGCACUCGCGCUGGGAGGAGGUCUCCACUCGUCGCAUGGAGACCAUCAGCCUGCACAUUGCCCAGAAGGCACACCGGGAAGUGGACUACAUCUUCUGCCUCGAUGUGGACAUGGUCUUCCACAACCCCUGGGGUCCUGAGACCCUGGGGGACCUGAUAGCCACCAUUCACCCAGGCUACUACGCUGUGCCCCGUCAGCAGUUCCCCUAUGAGCGCAGGCACACCUCCACUGCCUUUGUGCCUGAGGAUGAGGGCGACUUUUAUUAUGGCGGGGCAGUCUUUGGGGGACGGGUCGCCAGGGUGUAUGAGUUCACCAGGGGCUGCCACAUGGCCAUCCUGGCUGACAAGGCCAAUGGCAUUAUGGCCACCUGGCAGGAAGAGAGCCACCUGAACCGCCGCUUCAUCUCCCACAAGCCGUCUAAGGUGCUGUCCCCUGAGUACCUCUGGGAUGACAGGAAGCCGCAGCCGCCCAGCCUGAAAGUGAUCCGUUUUUCCUCUCUAGAUAAGACUACCAGCUGGCUGAGGAGCUGACAUUAGAGCUAGGCUGUGGAAAACACUAAGGCCCCAUAGCAAUGUGGCCCCAGGCAGGAGGGGGACUCAAGGAAGGCCCAGUCAGGCAGAUGGGUCUUCCGGGCAGGCCCUGGAGCCCCACCCCUGCUAGGAUCCAACCCUGACCCCCUUUGCUUGUUACUACUCCUCAGCUUGCACUUCUGAUACAGAGACUUGACGCUUCCAAACCCCCAUCUGGGACCUAGGAGUCCCCAGAGAAUGUGAUAACCCCAGCCACUUGGAGCCAGUUUCUAACUCUGGAUGCUGCUAGAGCAAAUGAACCAGGCCUCUGCUCGCUCUGGUGUCCCUCCAGCCUGCAACCCAGGGCAGCCACAUGACUUGGCCCCUUACUCUACCUCCUCUGGAGGAGGGUUCACGGCAUUAUCUAAUAAAAAUGGCAUUGCCAGGCCCUAACAUCUGAGCAUUUGUGCUGCCGGCCACUGGAAAUCAACUUGCAGGACUAGGUAGAGUUUUCCAAGAAACCAAGGCUCACUGCGGGUUGCUGGAGACAGUGAAGUGGGAAGAACGUGUGUCUUCUGGAGCAUGAUUUGUGCCCAGUACCUCAUUCUCUGCUCCAUUGACCUUAUUCCUAUACCAUGUUCUACCCAUCUCCACCUCUCUCUCUUUCUGGCAAACUAAGAGAGUACAGGCAGUAGCUAACCAGGUUUUCCCUGUACCAAAAACCAUGAAACCGUGUGCCAGAGACACCCAUGAACAUCAAAUGGCUUGUGAAAGUGAGGCAGCUUUAGGAACACAGGUUUGUGGGAGUGUGGAUCGACCUGUCAACACCCAUGUUCAGUGGGGAAGAAAUUAUAGAAGCCAGACCUCCCACCUUCUACACCCCUUGAUGACCCUGGGUCCAUACUCCCAGAGAGAUGAAGAAUAGGAAAGCUAUCGGGAGGGGAUUGGAUAGAGUUCUGGUGGUGGGAAUUGUGUGGAACUGUACCCCUCUUAUCCUAUGGUCUUGUCAAUAUUUCCAUUUUAUAAAUAAAAAUUUAAAAAAGAACAGGUUUAAUGGGCUGAGAGAGAUAGCAUAAUGGCUAUGCAAAAGACUCAUACCAGAGGCACCAAAGGUCCCAGGUUCAAUCCCAGCAACACCAUAAGCCAGAGUUGAGCAGUGCUUUGGAGAAGAAAAAGAAGAGAAGAGAGAGAAAAGGAAAAAAAAAAGUCAGGUUAAGUCUACCCUAAUGCCAUGGGAUGGUAGGAGGUCAUGUCACCUUUUAGCUAACAAUGGCCCUGGGGUGAGGAUCCGAUGUGAAGCCACUGGUACUGAUAACUUACAGAAAAGUAACUUGGUCUGGACCUUUGAGGCAGCAUGUCCUGUCCUGAGCAGAACCUAAUAUCCACAGCUCCUCAUUCUAUGCUGAGGCAAGCUUCUUCCCUGGCUACUUCCCAGGAAUGCAAGAUUGGGGGGUCUUAAAACAAGAAAGGCUUCCUGGAGUAGGCAGUGUUAGGAUAGCAUGCCCAUCGUGCUUCCUCCACUUCUGAAAUGCUGUGGCUUUGGUAAAAAAUAUAUAUAUAAAUAAAAAU